CUGAACUGUCCAUCAUUUAAACAAUCAACAACAGACACCAGUCCCUACCAGGUAUAUAACAAUCAGCACCUUACGAGAUCAGUCCCUCGGCAGCAUCCCAUAAUACCCGACCUCUACGAACACCAGGCCGGUCCUUGACGCCAACAUAAUCCUCGCUCAUCGAUAAGCACGACGACCACCACCAUUCUAAUCCGGAACCCCCCUCCAAACCGAUAAUCAAAAUGUCCGACCCCUUUGGAGCCGAGGCCGAACUAAUCAACAUCGAGAGCCACUUCUACCAAGGCCAAUACCAAGAAGUCAUCGACUUUGACACCACCUCCUUCUCGGCCGAGAACGCCCUCCCCGCGCGCGUUCUCCAGCUGCGCGCGCGCAUCGCGCUCGGCCAAGCCGAGGACGUGCUCGCCGAAGUUGCGGGCGAGAAGAAGCCGGAGCUCGAGGCGGUGGGUGCGUUGGCGCAGCUGAAAGCGGGUGACGCCGAGUCGGCCGUGGAGACGAUCGAGCAGCUGGCGGCCAUGGACGCGGGUGAAAUUGGUAUUGUCCAGGUCGUGGGCGGGACGGUGCUGGCGGCGGCGGGUAAAGCCGACGAGGCGCUGGCGCUGCUGCAGAGGCACCAGGGCAACCUGGAGGCUGUCGCGCUGAUUGUGCACAUCUACCUGGCGCAGAACAGGACGGAAUUGGCGGUUAAGGAGGUGGCCAGCGCGCGGAGGCUGGCGCAAGAUAGCUUGUUGUUUAAUUUGGCUGAGUCGUGGGUUGGGUUGAGACUGGGCGGCGACAAGUACCAGCAAGCAUUUUACGUCUUUGAAGAGCUCGCACAAGCACCCGCUACCUCCUCCGUACGGAGUCUCGUCUCGCAGGCCGUUGCUGAGAUUCAUCUCGGCCGCACAGAGGAGGCCCAGGCUGCCCUGGACCAGGCGCUCAAGAAGGAGCCCGGAUUCGCGGACGCCAUUGCGAACCAGCUCGUCUGGAGCGUCAUUACUGGACAAGAUUCGGCCGAGUACAAGGCUGCUCUCGAGCAGGCUGAUCCCAACCACCCCUUCUUGACCGAUUUGGCCGAGAAGAGCGACCUCUUUGACAAGGCGGCGACAAAGUACAAGGCCAAGGUUUCUGCUUAAGCGAAUUUUUUGGGUGAGGCGAUGAUGACGAACAUGAAAGAUAUCUAAUUCACAAAAAAAGGACAGGCGGGGGCGCAACAAGACGAAUGACGAAGCGGUGGAAUAAUGGUUGUUGGGGAGAAUUUAAGGAGAAACAAGAGAAAUCUGUGACCUUGGUAGUGAUGCUGACAUGCGGGUAUAAAUGCUAGGCAGAGGAGCAUUGGUUCUCAUGGCAAUGAGGUCGAGUCGAUCGAAUGCUUUCUGGACUUAUAUCGAGGAAGAUGUGUGCCAAUGCAGUAUACAGCUGGGUGAAUGAAAGCAGCAUGUCGUAUCUCUUCGCAGUGUUUCCGAUACCAUAACCUUGGAGAAAUGAUCCAAGUUUCAAGUUC